CUCCAAUUUGAUAAUGACAAGAAUAUCAUAGGAAACCGUGAGGCGGUAUUAAUGAUUCAAGUGGGAAAGAUUCCGCCCCUGCCUGUUAGUGGUGGUGUAGGGAGAAAAAGGUUCCCGACAAGAAGAAAAAGUACGGGGAGAAAUGAAAGUAGUGAAAAGUAAAAAUGAAAUGUAGACAACGAAUCGGCAAUAGCUUAAUAGCAAAACCGAGAUGACUUCUAGCUGGGCUGAAGGUACAAAGUAGAAGAAGUUGUGGGUCUAAAAGUUUAGACCAUUGAAGAACAAAAACAUAGCCUAACUUGACCCAGUCAGAUUGGAGCCCAAACCAAUUAUCCAAACUAGGGUUUCAACUUUGUAUCUUUCGGCGAAGGAAAAAUUGUAUCUAGGUUUAAAAGGAGCUCUAUAUAAACGAUUCAAGAUCGCCUCCCCUCUUCACUGUCUCAUCAUAGAACCUCCAGCCCCAAAGGUAUAUGUCCUCAGCUUCCUCGUUUAUCUGUUGUUGUAUAGGAGUAAUUGUUAUGGUAAGUCAUAAACAGUUGAGUCUUUGUUUGCAAAGCUUCAUCUCUGCACGAACUCUCCCGGGCUUAUCUGAAUCUCUACCUUUGAAGAACAAAGCCCCAAUGUUGGUGCUAAACCCAUGCCGUUUUACGUGUUGCGGAAUAGCCCUUUAUUUUCUACUGGCUCUUCUGUGUCAAAUCGGCGGCUAUACUCCAUCUUUUCAGUUUCUCAGUUGUUAUUUCUUUUGGUUUUUGCCUCUCUACACCUUUAGCUUGUUUUCAAAAAACUAAUUCUAAUUUAUUGGAAACUAGGCUAGUCAUCGACGCGUUUCCUUGAUCUGGCGGUGUUAAAUGUAGGGGCAUUUCUUUUCAUGAUUUCGCCUCUAAAAACAUCCGCCAUAGUUUCUGUAUAUUCUUUAUUUUUUUAUUUUUGUGCAAAAAGUGUUGGCGGUGAUUACGUUUAUUUUAUCCGCGCUUCUGAGAGUAAUCCAUGAAGCAUAUAAACGAUAAAAUGGUUGAAUUUCUUGAUAUGAGCCAACUUUCUUCAUAGGAAAAUUCUUUAUUUUUUGGAUUUAAUUAUGUAGUUGGCUAUGAGGAUUAGUAUACAGCUUUUAAUGCCAGUUCUGCUUCAGAAAAUUCUUGAUUGAUAAGCUGUUUUAUUUUCUGAGCCUCUCUCAUUUACAAACAAACUUUAACUAAUUUCUUUUCUUUUUAAAACUAAAUUUGGAAAACUGCAUAAAACCUAACUUAAUAAAAGUAGUCUAUGAUGAUUUAUCCGUCGAAUGAGAUGUAGAUUUCCUCAAGCCCUGUUUUCAGGGAGAACCUACUUGGGGAGCUACAUCAUUCAUGAAAUUACUGGAUUUUACUGAGACUUUAUUUUAGAUCUUUUUAUGAAAAGUGUUUUCUUUUCUAUUAACUUGAAGUGUGUUGUAUUUACAGUGUUUGUGUGUGUGUGUGUCUCUCUCUCUCUCUCUAUAUAUAUAUAUAUAAUUUUUGUGUGCCAAUGAUGAUAUAAUCCACUUUAGAUGAGGUGCAGUGGAGUCAAGACCCUGUUUAACAGGGAGAACCUGCUUGGUAUAAGCUGCAAUUCCUUGAUAUUAAUGGAUUCGACUGAGGCCAUAUCUUGUUUAAGAAAUACUUGGCUAGUUGGUGUGAUUUAUAUAGUAUUAAAUUGAGUUCAACUAUACUCUAAAUCUUUUACUAAUUUUGGUUUAGAGUCUGAAAAACUCAAAUAGUUUUGUGUUGUCAUCAGCUUCUUCUCAUGCAUUUUUUACGAGAUUGGAGUUAAAUAACAGCACUAAAUCUUUCUUUUGUAAAUUUUGCAGGUAUGGCUUGUUGUACUUCAAAUUGGGUAUAUUGUAGUCUAUUGACAAAGAUUGUAAGAUUUGAUGAUAUGUAUUUCCGAGAGGAAGUUGUAUUCAAACAAUGUAGCAAUGAAAUGCAAGUUUCCUUUGUUUCAUCAGAUUUGUGUUGAUUUCUUUAACUUUAUACCUGGAUUGACUAACCGACUGGGCUAGUUUCAGAUGAAACCGAGAUUAACUGUUUAAAUGUCCAUGUUGGGUUUAACAGCUACAUUCAUGAUUUUUGGACAAAAUCUUGUAAUUGGAAGUUUUUAUUUCAAAAAACUGAAAAAGUGCUCCAAGAAAAAACAAUUAAUUGUUCUUAGUAAUUAGCAUACGAGUUUUCAAAACAAAAAAACGAGGUCUAACAUCUUCAGCGACUUCUUCAAACACCUCGUUUGGAGACUAACAAAAUCUUGUUUCACUCUAUCAUGGUUUAAUUGCAGUUGGUUUUUAUUCAUCUGCUACCGCGUAUAACAUCACUUCCUUGCCUUGCGCCUAUUUUUAGCGGACAGAAUAUCAAGUUCAAUCUUUGAAGAUGUUCAUGUUGGUUGGGAACAGCAGCUGAAGGAUCGGAGAGAGGGUUCCUAAUUUCCCAGGUGGAUCUCAAGCCUUUGGAACUAUCUGAGCGUCCACAAGGAACAAAAGGCUAAUAUUUGGUGGGAAAUGGGAUCUGCCUACACCCAUUGCUUCGGGUUUUUUUCAAUUUUAUAAAGAACAAAUCUGUUACAUUCACAUUCCACUCACUGAAGCAUGAGUUCCUACUCUUCAAACCACCUGCGUUUACUGUCUUUAACAAAACAAUUAACCUCUUACGUGAACCAAGGCUGCCAUGUCGACGCCCUUUCUCUCUUCCACCGCAUGCAAACCUCGCCUGCUCUCACUCUCGACCCUUUCGUCUUCCCUCUCCUUCUCAAAUCCUGUACUGCCAUCCACCGCCCUCAACUGGGCUCCUCAAUUCACGCUCAUGGCAUCAAGUCAUCUCUCCUCUCCAACCCAUUUAUCGCUUGCGCUCUCAUUCACAUGUACGGGAAAUGCUUGUCCAUCUCCUCAGCACGCAAAUUGUUCGACGAAAUCCCUCAACCAAAUGUCGUUUCUUGGAAUUCUAUGAUUUCUCUCUACACGCGCUCCGGGCGCAUGGAUGCAGCGUUGGAUUUGUUUCAGUCUAUGGAUGUUGGGCCCAACGAGUCCACGUUUAAUGUCAUCAUAUCGGGAUUGAGUGCUUUGGAAGAUGGACCUUUUAAGGCCAUUGGAUUUUAUAGAAGAAUGCAGAAAGUAGGCUUGAGGCCCAAUUUGAUUACACUUCUUGCUUUGUUACCUGCUUGCGUUGGCGUAGCUGCAUUGAGUUUGAUUAAAGAAAUUCAUGGCUACGCGUUUAGGAGUAACAUAGAACCUCACCCGCAGUUGACGAGUGGUUUAGUGGAAGCAUACGGGCGAUGUGGAAGUCUUGUUAAUGCGCGAAAUGCGUUCCAAUGUAUGAAAGAAAGAGAUGUAGUUGCUUGGAGUAGUUUGAUAUCAGCUUACGCUUUACAUGGUGAGGCAAGGGCUGCAUUGGAAGUUUUUCAACAAAUGGAGUCAGCAAAAGUGUGGCCUGAUGACAUUACUUUUCUUGGGGUAUUAAAGGCCUGUAGCCAUGCUGGACUAGCUGAUGAGGCAUCAGAUUUUUUUGAUAGAAUGCGUAAGGACUAUAAAAUUGAAGCCAGUGCUGAUCAUUAUUCAUGUUUAGUUGACGCAUUGAGUAGAGCAGGGAGAUUGUACGAGGCUUAUAAAGUUAUAAAUGAAAUGCCUAUGAAGCCAACGGCAAAGACUUGGGGAGCGUUACUUGGUGCUUGUAGAACUUAUGGAGAAGUAGAGUUGGCUGAGAUUGCUGGGAGAGCGUUGUUUGAGAUAGAGCCAUCUAAUGCAGCCAAUUAUGUGUUGUUGGCUAGAAUUUAUGCUAGUGUAGGAAGAUAUGAGGAAGCUCAGAGGAUGAGAACGGAAAUGAAGGAGAGGGGAGUGAAGGUAGCACCUGGUAGCAGUUGGGUUGUGAAUCAAGACUAAAGGAACUCUGGUUGAUUUUCCUUUACAUGCCAUGCGAUAAGAGCCCUAGAUUUCCUUCCGCGUGCAUGGAGGGUGGUUGUUGGAUGUUUCUUGUUGGAGAAAGGCUGUAUUGUGUAUUCUUCAUUUCGUGGGAUUCCUCCUGAAACUUGCAGUCGCGCUUAUCUUCCAUUUCAUUUGAGAUCCAAUCACUUCCUUAAUCAGAUGAAUAGACUAUGAUCUACAGUAUUAGAGCUUCCUACUGUGGGAUUGUGGCAUAUGCUUCUGUUCAAUAGCUGACUAUGAUCAUUGUGCUUGCUUCAGCAGUUCUCCCAAUCGUAGGCUAUUGUUCCAAACUCUAUAAACUGUCGACCAUAGAUGCUCGAAACAUCUGGUCUAAUUGGCUAUGCUGCUCCGAUUGGCUACAUUUCCAUGCCACUCUACUGGACUGUUCUAUUGGGAAUAAUAUGGAUUCUCAUGCUUAACUAAAAAGUGUGAGGAUGACAUCAGCACUGCCUGUUGUAGCUGUAAUUGUUGCCAUCUGGGAGCCUUGGGUUAGGAUCCUGGUGCUUCCUUCUUCUCUAGCUCUAGCUAUCUUUCGCCAAAGAAGCUUUCAGAAGUGCAGGAGCAAACGGAUGGUGUAGCCAUAGAGAGUCGGCUUGGCUCCCAAUGCCAUUAUUAGGCACAACCUUGGCAAUUGAAAUCCAUCUCGCUGCUAAUUGGGCUGGUUACCAACAUGUGACAUGGAUGAUAGAAUGAGGGCAAAGAAUCUGUUUCAAACGUUGUUUGAAAAGACAGUGAUCUUGUCUGUUUUCUAACGGCUAAUCCGGUAUUACUUUGUUCUUUGAUCUACACCUUAACAGCCGUUAUUAUACAGAUAUUUUACCACAAAUGGGAACAAGGAAGAUCGUUAACUGCCAAGGUAUAUAGUUUCAGUAUUUCCAACAAAAAUAGCUUAAAAUAUAAAAAUGUUAA